CUCGCCGUGUUACCGCCAAGUUCCCGCUGCUCCCUCACACUCAGUCAGAACUGACCGAACCAAACGUACAUUACAACCACAAUAAUCACUUUAAUUACCGUGAAAUCUACUAGCCAAGUCAUCGAUCAUCAAUAUGGAACUCCCUACCUCCUCCUCCUCCUCCUCCUCCUCCUCUGACAGCCUAGAGGAGAGGAGGUACAGGAGGGAGAGAGAGAGAAGGCCUCAUCUCUCCUUGCCUUCCUCCCAUCAGCUGUCUGUUGGGUGUUGGCGUGUGUGCUGGCUGCGACUUACCCUGCGACUGGUUACCUUCACGCUGGUGUCUUGCUUUAUCUGCAUUCGUCCCCCGCGUCGUUCAGUACCAUCCCCAGCACCGCCUUAAGGUUCUCUCCUCCCUGCGCUCAGAGGCAUGGCGGCGGCAGUGCUGCUGACGGCGGCUGUUGUGAUUGGAGAGAGUAUCCUUAGCACAGCCUCUCCUACCCCCCAGUCCACCACUCACCCUCCCUGGGGCUCCAACAUCCCCGCUGCGCCGCCCGCUGCCCUGAUCCAUGAGGCGGUGGAGUUUGAAGGAUACCGUCAGUGGGGAGAUUCAGACCCUGCCACCUGGGACCACUCGCUCGAGGAAGGUUCAAGCAUGCCUGGUGCAGAUACCGCUGUGGUGGACAGUGUGGUGCUGAGGCAGGAGUACGAGGACCAGCCAACGAUGGUGCACAGUGUUGCUCCAGACGCCAUGUUUACGGACACACGGACUCCCACCAUCCCGUCCAACCAUGGCAGGAAGUGGCGGAGCGCAGGCACUGACAGACUGAGGCAGCCGAUUAACCCUGGGAAGUGGCUGACGAAGAGGGAUGUGGCUGCAGGCCGGGCUGCUCCCCCACGCACCCCACACGCUCCCAGACACCCGCUGCCCGUGCUCCGUCCCCCGCCCCCCAGAGUGAUAAACUUGUCAGCUGUGAGAGCAAGCCUGGCGACCCUGUCCACAGCGGGCCUCGGGGCGAUGCGUGGCGUGCGCCUCAUCUUCAUGCUAAUGCAGUACCUAGGCUUCCUGCCGCACCUCCCCGGCCUGCCCACGUAUGAGGACCCCGCCAAGAUCAAGCCCUCCAUUCACUACACACUUGCCCAGGGGCGACGCAGGGCAGCUCUGAGGGACACGCCUGCCAUCCUCGCCCGCCAUUUAAAACUACAAACUUACCAAUGAGGGGAUGAAUGCGCGGAGGUCUUCUCACCAGACUCACUUUAUAUGUUAUCUCGGGGCAAGCAAUUGUAGAAUAAGAAUUAAUCAACAAAUAAAACUUGUACACGAGGCAAUUGAGGAAAUGUACAGUACUAUAUGCCAAUAGUAUGUGCAAGUGAGGAGUGGAUUGAUAGCAAUGAAAUAGUCUACCAUUGAAAACAGUUUUCUUUGAAUGAAUAGAAUGGGAAAUUUUUAUCAGUAACUAUUAUAUAUUUAUUUUAUUUUUUUCAGUAAUGUUUU